CUCUAAGGAGCAGACACUAAGGUCGUCACGUGACACUUCCGUGCAAACCAGCACUUCAUCAAGCGUCUGGCCGAUACAGAUGUCCACGUCUUCACCUUUUUACUGCAGUGUCUCUGGGAUGAACAAGGUUUCUGCAGCUCCUUCACAAGUGAUACCAACGACCUUUAGCAUUUCAAGCAGUUUCACACAACUGGAAAUCAAACCGCAUGAAUGUGACCAACAAUCGAAGGAAGACCUCGCGCUUUCUCCAGAGCAUCUAGAAGACUUUGAGGAGCAGCCUCUCCAGUCCAAAGGUUUGCUGACUACUGUCCUCAUCCGUCAAGAUUACAUCGUUCACGAUCUAUUUCUCGUCUACAAAGACAACAUCGACGACAUAACACAUAUGAACUUCAUCUUAGUUGACGGCUCCGCACACACCAAGGAAGGUCAGGAGGUUAAAGAAGACGGUAAGAUGGGCACGAGGAUUUCCCUGAAGGGGCUGCUGUCCAGGUUCUGGAAGUGCUGCAGCGAGCUUUUCUUCGAAGGCGACGAGCAGAAGGUCCCAAAGACCGAAAUAUCGGCGGCAGAUGCGGAAAAUGUGCCAUACAAGCUGGGCAAGAUCCUUCGGCACGGCUUGAUGGCCUGCGGGUAUUGGCCAAUCAUACUGUCCAUCCCCUGCGCCGUCUUCAUCCUCACGGGCAAGCGGUGCUCGGAGUCCCUGCUUCACGACUGCAUGCGCAAAGUCAUGUUUGAGUUCGAGGUCAAGGCCUUGGAAGAUCUGCAGGACGCUGCGGCCCACGAGGGAACGUUUGCGGACGGAAAGGGCCCACCAGUACAUCCCUUCGACGUGGUCAAGAUGGAGGAAAGAAUGUCCCUGGUGCUGCGGUUGUACGGGGGUGAGCACUGCAAGGUGCCCGAGAAACAGGAGAUCGGGAAGUUCAUGAAAGAGCUGGCCAGCUACUAUCUGCACUUCCGCCCCUACUGGUGGUUGCGGGAAAUGAGGAGAGGAUUCCUGUCGCUAGAGACAAAGACCACAUGCUGUUUGUCGUGGAGGCCAAGGUGCUGGAACUGUACCACAAGCUGGAGCCCACCCCACAAGCCAUCCUGAAACGUGCUGUCUUCAACAUGUGCACAGACAAGGAAAAGCAGAGAAAAGAGAGGCGUGCCAAGUCGUACCUGGAGCGCAGUCUCUUCCGCUUUACACGGGAGGACCUGUCGUGCCUGUUGCUGGAGUGGAGCGAGGCUGACUGCCUCCUCAACGAAAAAUACUACGUCACGUUUACUACCGCUAAAGAUACCGACACCGGGGCAGUACUGUUCCACUCGGGGAGCUGCACCCUGAUACUGGCUACCUCGUGGCCGUCUUUUGACCUCUUCCACUCCACGUUGAAAAGUAUGAUUCGUGGGCUGUCUGAAGGAUAACAUUUUGUUUCAUUUUGGCGGCUUCUUUGUCCAGUACCAAAACCUGUUAUUGAAAGACUACAUCUAGUGCUAUAGUCAACACGAAGGAAGAGGACACACUAUAAACAUAUCGAUGAUAAAUUUAACAAUUUUUUUAAUGUUUGACAUUAGUGGAGACGGAAUGGAUAAGCAUGGUAAGUGCGGAAAGAUAUUUCUAAAAACGAAAUCUAGUUACUAAUCAGUUCUGCGAUAAA